GCCAGGGGGGUGGUGGGGAGGCUGAACCUGGACACCCAGGCCCCUCCCAGCACCCCAGCACCCCAGUUCUCAAAGCCCAUCUGAUCCCUCAGCAGAUUCUCUGGGACUGGUUCACCACCUCGGAAUACUCUUGUGACAGACAGACAGACAGACAGACAGACAGGAGGUGCUUACAAAACCCGCCUCCUCCAGCCCUCCAGGGCCAAUAAAUAGCAGCUUCCAGCCUGGAGAAGUCGGGAGAAGUUUCUAGGCCUGCGUCCCUGCCUGGUUUGAUUAAAGCUCCUGGCUCUGAGCUCCACAGCUCGGCAUCUCUGGCUCAGAGCCUGGGCCGCCUGAGAGGACAGACGCAAGCAGCAGCAGAGCUGGGAGGACGCUCCUUAGGGGUUUCUGCUGGGCCAGCCGGAGUGGACACUUCUCGGUGACAUCUUUGGAGACCACCCCCCACCCCCGUGUGUUGUGCUGGUGUCCUCUGCAGUGGAUGGUGAAGCCUUUGGGAAUAUUGGAGAAGCAGCUGUGAAGGCCAGUCGGGCCACCUUCAUCACCUUGCUGUGUGACCUUGGGUCGGUGGUCUUGUGUCUCUGAGCCCCUCCAGCUCAAGUAGCACCAUGGCUGAUGGGCAGCUGCCCUUCUCCUGCCACUACCCCAGCCGCCUGCGCAGAGACCCCUUCAGGGACUCGGCCCUGUCCUCCCGCCUGCUGGACGAUGACUUCCCCAUGGACCCCUUUCACGACCACUUGCCGGCCUCCUGGACUGACUGGACCCUGCCACGGCUCUCCUCGGCCUGGCCGGGGUCCUUGAGGCCGGGCAUGGUGCCACGGGGACCCACCGCCUCGGCCAGGUUUGGGGUGCCGGCGGAGGGCAGGAACCCCCCUCCGUUCCCUGGGGAGCCCUGGAAAGUGUGUGUCAACGUGCACAGCUUUAAGCCAGAAGAGCUUAUGGUGAAGACUAAAGAUGGCUACGUGGAGGUGUCUGGCAAUCAUGAGGAGAAGCAGCAAGAAGGAGGCAUUGUUUCAAAGAACUUCACCAAGAAGAUCCAGCUUCCUGCAGAGGUGGAUCCUGUGACGGUCUUUGCCUCGCUUUCCCCAGAGGGCCUGCUGAUCAUCGAAGCCCCCCAGGUUCCCCCUUACUCGACAUUUGGAGAGAACAGUUUCAACAACGAACUCCCCCAAGACAGCCAGGAAGUCCCGUGUACUUGAACCUCCAAUCUUGACCCAUUUUUGUUUCCUCCCCCCUCCCCAAUCUCAGAGCUUCUCUGAUUCCAGGGUACAUUAUUUUAGCUAAACUCAUAAUAGAUUUAGUGUGAAAACAAAAUGUUGGGGGUGGGAGUGACUUGACCACGGAUUCCCUGGAUAUUGUAGAAAUAGGUAUUUUCCACAAAGUGGCGCGAUUGGCAAAUCACGUUCAGUUGCGCAAGGCUAAGAUGCUGAGUCUUGUCUUUGUUGCCCCUUUUUUUCUUUUCUAUAGUGUUGAAAACGUUGCAAAAUAUAUAUGAGGAGACAUAAUAACAUUUUCAUAUUGCAUCUGAUCUUUGCAGUUAAGGCAAGGGUUGUUUUUCUCUGGGGACCUCCCCAUCUCUCAGAUUCCUAUUCUGGGCUCCCAACUUGCACACCUGUCCCUUGUGGUGUGAUUGCUGGAGUCUGCCUGCUCAUCACACUAUUUAGAAGCCCUGUCUGACAAAGGGUUAUAAUAAAGUUCCUUACAUACUCAUGUAAGUUAGUGGUUAGUCCACAACCACGGGAAAACAAGUAGUGCCUUCUGCCCUCCCCCGCCAGGUCUUCAUGGCACAUCCCCAGGCUAGGCUCCCCAAACACUCUGGCAGUCCCUCAUUAUGUCCUCUGGCUAACAUCCCCUCUUUCUUGUGUCUGCUUUGUCCAAGUUGGGUUUUUUUUUUUUUUUUUAUAGAGGGGGCUUUCUCCGGAUUGCUCUACCAGGAACCAAGAGAAGGCCAGACAACCUGGCAGGCAGGCUAUUGGCAUUGUAUUUAUGGGUGUUGUGUGUGAGUGUGUGAAUGUGUGUGAUUGCUAUUGUUGAGGGGAAAUACAUGAGUAUAUGAGGAUAACAAUAAUAAUAAUUAUAAUACUUAUGAUAAUAAUAAAAAGGGUCAGAAUGAUAGUACAGUGGCCAGGGCAUUUGCCUUUUACACAGUCAACUCGGGUUUAAUCUAGGACAUCCCAUAGGGUUCCUCGUGCCUACCAGGAGUAAUUUCUGAGCACAGAGCCAGGAGUAACCCUUGAGCACUGCCAGAUAUGGCCCCAAAACAAAAAGCAAAACAAAAAAAAGGAAAAAAUAUUAAUAAAGAGGAGUUGAUGUCCUUA